CUCGAAGCUUAUUGAAGGUUUUGAGAAUUUUCAGGCGAAACUUCCGGCGAGGAUUUUGUGACUAUCUCCGGCGACCUCACACCAAUACGACAACACCACUGCGUUUUCUUCACUCCCAGCAACAAAAUAGACAGAAAGUUUGUAAGAAAUGGUGAGGAAUUGAAGGAAUGGAGAUGACCCUUAUAUAGCCAAGUGAAAGAGGAUGAAGACACAGUGAUGACCUCUCCUUCGACUGUUUCGGCGGCUGGGUGGAGCGGGCUGCUGUCUUCUCCGAUUUUAAACAAUCCCUCUUUAUUUUUCAUUGCCCGCCCAAUAUCUGCCCCAAUUUCGCAAUUAGGUCUCCUGUUCAAAAUAUCUCAUUGUCCCAUAGUUUCCGUCAUCUUCUUGAAAAUCUAUCACCACCAGCUCUUGUCCGAUAGAGAACAUCGUCCAUCAAUCUCAGAUGGCUCUCUCUCUGUCGAUUACAAAUCUGAGAUUGGAGAGAGGAAUGACGCAGAGAUGAGCGAAGCUCUUCCUCUUGGUUAAGCACGAAGCAGACGUUGAAGAUGAGAACCGAAACUGCGAGAAGCACAUAUAGAGUCGGAUUGACAACGAUUUCAAGUAGAGAGGACCCGCGAAAUGGAGUAGAGAACCAUGGAUUUAAGGAUAAACAUCUCAAUUUAGGUCAAAUCUCAUAUUUUUAGCAUGUUUGUUUGUUGAAUUUGAACUAAUUUUUUCUAUCUGGUAUUUUCAAAUUUGGAAUAUAACUUUGAACUAAUUUAUAGUUCAAAUUUGGAACAUGACUAUCUUGAGUCUGGUAUUUCCUUUGAACUAAUUUUUUAUGUUCAUUGCUAAUUAUUGAUGAAGGUGAUUAUGAUUUUACUGGAAUGGCCUUUGUAUGAAUACUGGUAUAUGCUCUUUAGUGAACGUCCAACUUUGGAAAAAGGUUAUCUAAACUCUUUGGAUACAGGCAUUUGUUGGUGAGCUAUAUGUUCUAGGUUUGGUGCAAUUUACUCAAUUGAAUUUACUUUGACUCUAAUUAUGUAUCACAAAUAUUAGAAGUUGUUAAAAACAUGUAACAAAGUUCAAAUCUUUCUGAGGAUCUAUUUUAUUCUUUUUAUUUUAACUUCACUGAGUUUUUCUUUUAAAGUAAACUCUUUCUAUGUGAUUAUUUGGGUUUAUCAGUUGUUGUAGAAAUGUGUGCCCUGGUUGUAGAUUUUUUUACUUCACUAAUUUUAUUUUACUUCACGCACUUAAUUGGAUUCAUUAGUGGUUGAUAUGCCCUGCUAGGUUAUGUUGUAAUGGAUAAUGUUAAUUAUUAUAGCUUAAAAUUUCUACAAUGCUGAUUUGCAAAUUUUUCUACUUGAUUCUGCAGUCUUGAUAAAGGUGUUGAGCUUGAAUGUUAAUGGGUUGAGAUUGAUGAUAUUUGCGCUUUCACCUUUUGGUGAGUUGCAAUUCACUCUUCUUUUAGAAGAGCCUCAUUGCUUAGUAUAAUUUGUGUUAUGAACUCAUAUGAGUAGUUUCUGCUUGGAUUUUUCUUUAGGCAUCCUUUCUAAACAAUGUGUGUAUGAUGAAAAGUGGGAAAAUGCCCAAACAAGCUACAUAAGCUAAGCAUUUGUAAGAUGUGGCUGUCUAAUUGUUUUGUGUUUUACCUUACGCUUAACCUGUUAUAUGAUUUCUUUACAUAUAAGGGUUUAUAUAUUGCACUUCCUCCCUCCGUUUUAUAUUAUUUCCCAAAAUGUUUUAUAGUUCAAGUUUCAUACAUUGACUAUUUGUUCAAGUCCUACUUUCGUGCCUACAAUUCGUUUAGGUGUAUAAAUGGUGAACUUGUAUCGAUCUUAGAGUGUGAAGAUCUUGGAAGUUUCAGCAAUCAUGUGUCUCUUGAUAGUACUAUGUAUCUUAAUCUUCCUUGUUUCAAAAUCUCUAAAAUUCAUUUACUUAUUUUUUCCUGAACUUUGAAGGCUGAAAUUAAUUAUAGGAUUCUCAAAUGUUGUUGCAGGUCCUUCUAUUAGGCCAAAUCAUAUUAUUUUGAUGGAAAGCGGAAGGAAGUUUACACUUUGUACUCUUGAGUUCAUUCUUUAGCCAUUUCUGCACUAAAGAAACUUCAAAGUGCACAAAAAUCUGGUCAGGACAAGAUAAAAACGCAUACAGUCAUGUAGAGAUUGGUGAAGUUCAAGUAGACUUGGCGGAGGUGGUUGGAUCAUGUAUGUAGCAGAUUUUGAUCAUAUUGCUACUAUAUUCAAGUUAAAUAUAUGAAGUCUAUAUUGUAAAAGUGUAACAACUUUGAAUUAAAUUUACAUUGUAGUCUACAUUGUAAAAUAG